AUGGUUGUGAGGACCCCCAGAAUCAUUUUUAUUGUCUUGAAUAAUAAUUAUAAUAAUAAUAAAAAAACUCUGCAGAUAGUGGAUGGUCCAGAGCUGUGGUCAGAAAACACAGAUCAGAGCAGCACACUGGUCAUAGCAGAGGCUAACCCGCAGCACACAGGCCGCUACACUGUUGUAGUGAAGGACCGCAAGAGCUCUGCACAACACACGUUUGCUCUUUCUGUCAUAGAGCCCCCCCAGCCUCCGGCCUCCUGUCCCGUGAUCUCCCUCGUCUCUCCCAGCAGCCUCGUGCUCUCCUGGUCUGGCCCCUGCUACGACGGAGGCAGUGCUAUCCUAGGUUAUGUGGUUGAAGUGAAGAACCAGGGACGUGUUGAUCCUGGGGAUUGGGCCGAGCUCACAGCCCAGUGUAAGAGUACCUCAUACAAAGUGUGCUCAGGUCUGCUGCCUCAACAAGAGUACUGCUUCAGAGUGAGGGCCUACAACGCAGUGGGAGUCAGUGAGCCAGGACCAGUGUCACCAGUAGUUAGGAUGGAGCAGAAUGAUAAACCACAAGAAGAAGAAACCCCUCAAGCGUUCUUCUGUGUCACUGUUGACUCUUCACACAAAGUCACAGAUCACUACAGUUUGCAGGAGAAACUGGGAAUGGGAAAGUUCGGCCUGGUGUUCAAGUUAACCCACAAGGAAACAGGACGUGUGUGUGCAGGGAAGUUCUACAAAGGUCGACGUGCCAAGGAGAGGGAGGCUGCUCGUAAGGAGAUAGAGCUGAUGAACUUCCUCCACCACCCCCAACUGGUGCAGUGUCUCGCAGCAUACGACCACAAGCCUGAGAUGGUCAUGGUCAUGGAGUUUAUCGCAGGCGGGGAACUGUUUGAACGCAUUGUGGAUGACAGUUUUGUGCACACUGAGCUUGCUAGUGUGCGCUACAUGCAGCAGAUCCUGGAGGGGAUUGCCUUCAUGCAUCAGCAGAACAUUGUCCAUCUGGACAUGAAACCUGAAAACAUUGUGUGUGUUGACACCACUGGCACCUCCGUGAAGAUCAUUGACUUCGGAUUAGCCUGCAAGAUUGAAGGGGACACACCACUGAAGGUGAUGCAUGGGACUCCAGAGUUUGUGGCACCUGAAGUGAUCAACUAUGAGCCUGUGUGUUUGUUCACUGACAUGUGGAGCAUAGGAGUCAUCUGCUACAUAUUGUGAGUCCCACUGCCCCUCCCAUGGCUCUUU